ACGUCCCCACUUCCAAACGACCACCUCUCUCUCUCUCUCUCUCUCUCCCUACUGACUUGUCUGAACCCCAAACCAAGUAACUCUGCAUUUCUCUCUCUCUCUCUCUCUCUCUCUCUCUCGCUCUCUAUCUGCAUAAGAUUUUUCUCUCUUAGUCAAUCAAUCUAUGGCGGAUCAAAGGAUUGAGGAUGACGAAGAGGACGUGUGGGCAGCUCUUAGCGCAGUCCCUGAAUCGCGCGGUCUCCAUUCCUACAGUCACCAGUGGGGUUUCUCCACACCGCCACACCGAGAACAACCACGCGAUGUCAAUGUGCGGAAAUUCAGUCUCGAGGAGGAUCGUCCACCUCCUAAAAUCUUCGACCGAUUCUACGACUCCUCCUCUGACGACGAGUUCUGUAAUUACCCAUUCGACUCCGCCGCCAGCGGUGGCGCCGGCGUCGAAAGCGCCGGCAAACGCCUCGAUUACAUGAUGCAGUUCUUGGACCGCAAGCUACUGUCCUCGAACGAUGUUCAGAGCGACAAGGAACAUCGAGCCCUGCCGGAGUUUGUUGGCAGUGGGGGAGGGACUGGAAUCUUCAAGCUGCCGGUUAGAGCCGCGGUCCAUCCCGGCCGGCCGCCGAGUUUGGAAUUGAGGCCUCACCCGCUAAGGGAGACUCAGAUAGGGCGUUUUCUGAGAACUAUUGUGUGUACGGACUCGCAGCUUUGGGCGGGGCUGGAAUGCGGGGUUCGAUUUUGGAAUUUGUCGGAUGUGUAUGGGCCGGGCUGUGGAAUCAAGGGUGGGGAUGAGGACGCUGCGCCUUUUCAGGAAUCGGCACAGACUUCUCCCACCUUGUGCUUGGUUGCAGAUGCGGGGAGUAGGCUGGUGUGGAGUGGGCAUAAGGAUGGCAGGAUUAGAUCGUGGAAGAUGGAUCGGUCUUCGUAUGGAACUCCUUUCAAAGAAAAUCUAUCGUGGCAGGCUCAUCGCGGUCCUGUUUUCUCAAUUGCUAUGACAUCAUAUGGGGAUCUAUGGUCAGCAUCUGAGGGUGGUGUUAUUAAGGUCUGGCCAUGGGAAGCCAUUGAAAAAGCUCUUUCUCUAACGACGGAGGAAAGGCAUAUUGCUGCUUUGCUAGUGGAAAGAUCGUACAUUGACCUUAGGAGCCAAGUAACUACAAAUGGCACGUGUAACAUGUUCACCUCAGAUGUGAAGCAUCUGUUAUCAGAUAAUUCUAGAGCCAAAGUAUGGAGUGCUGGUUAUCUAUCAUUAGCAUUGUGGGAUGCACGUACAAGAGAGUUACUGAAGGUAUUCAAUGUAGACGGUCAAAUUGAGAAUGGAGUGGACAUGCUAUCAGUGCAGGAUCCUGCGAUAGAAGAUGAGCUGAAAAUAAAGUUUGCUUCUGCUUCAAAGAAGGAGAAACAGCAGAGUUCCUUUAGUUUCUUUCAGCGAUCACGUAAUGCUAUAAUGGGGGCGGCCGAUGCAGUUCGCCGAGUUGCAGCAAAGGGCACCUUUGGAGAUGAUAAUCGGAAAAUUGAGGCAUUGAUUACAACAAUAGAUGGAAUCAUUUGGACUGGUUGUGCAAAUGGCUUACUUGUGCAGUGGGAUGGGAAUGGCAAUCGCUUACAAGAUUUCCAUUAUCUUUCUUUUUCUGUUCAAUGCUUUUGUACAUCUGGAUCACGGGUAUGGGUAGGAUAUGCCAGUGGUACUGUCCAGGUGUUGGAUCUUGAGGGUAAUCUACUUGGAGGAUGGGUAGCUCACAACAGUUCUGUAAUAAAAAUGGCUGUUGGUGCUGGUUAUAUAUUCACCCUUGCUAAUCAUGGUGGCAUACGUGGUUGGAGUGUCAUGUCCCCAGGGCUUCUUGACAAUGUUUUGCGUGCAGAGUUGGCUGGCAAAGAGUUUCUAUAUGCUAGGCUUGAAAAUUUGAAAAUAUUGACUGGUACAUGGAAUGUUGCACAAGGAAGAGCUUCUCAUGAGUCACUUGGGUCGUGGCUUGGGUCUGCAGCAUCAGAUGUUGAUAUUGUUGUUGUUGGGUUGCAAGAAGUAGAAAUGGGUGCUGGUUUUCUUGCAAUGUCUGCAGCAAAAGAAACUGUUGGUCUUGAGGGAAGCUCUGUUGGGCAGUGGUGGCUGGACAUGAUAGGAAAAAUUUUGGAUGAGGGGUCAACUUUUGAACGUGUUGGUUCUAGACAGUUGGCAGGCUUGCUCAUUGCUGUUUGGGUUAGAAAUCAUCUUAGGUCUCAUGUUGGGGAUGUUGAUGCUGCAGCAGUUCCUUGUGGCUUUGGGCGAGCAAUUGGUAACAAAGGAGCUGUUGGCUUGAGAAUGAGAGUGUAUGAUCGGAUCAUGUGCUUCGUGAACUGCCACUUUGCUGCACAUUUAGAAGCGGUCAGUCGCCGCAAUGCUGACUUUGAUCAUGUAUAUCGAACUAUGGUCUUCAGCAGGCCAUCUAACCUCUUUAGUGCUGCAGCUGGUAUGGUGCCGUACUUGUCCCUCUCUUGCUCGCUUGCCUGCUCAAUGUAUUUGUUUUGGCUUGCUUAUAGUUCUGGCUUGCCAUUGGUCAUUUCUGUUGCAGCUGGUGUCUCAUCUGCUGUUCAAAUGCUUCGCAGUACAAAUACUCUGGGUGCCCAAACCUUCGAAGGGAUGCCUGAGCUAUCAGAGGCAGACAUGGUUGUAUUUCUUGGUGAUUUCAAUUAUCGGCUUCAUGGUACAUCUUAUGAUGAAGCAAGGGAUUUUGUUUCUCAAAGGUGCUUUGAUUGGCUGAAAGAGAGGGAUCAGCUCCGAGCAGAAAUGGAAGCUGGGAAUGUCUUCCAAGGAAUGCGGGAAGCAGUUAUUGGGUUUCCUCCCACUUACAAGUUCGAAAAGCACCAACCUGGAUUAGCAGGGUAUGAUUCUGGAGAAAAGAAACGCAUUCCUGCCUGGUGUGACAGAAUUUUGUAUCGUGAUAGCCGCUCAGCUUUGGUGUCUGAAUGCAGUUUACAGUGUCCUGUAGUAUCUUCAGCUUCACAGUAUGAAGCUUGCAUGGAUGUGACAGACAGCGAUCACAAGCCUGUCCGUUGCAUAUUUAACGUUGGCAUUGCUCGAGUAGACGAGUCAGUGAGGAGAAAAGAGUUUGGAGAUGUUAUUGGAUCAAAUGAGAAAAUCAGGCACAUACUCAAAGAAUUAUGCAAAGUUCCUGAAACUAUUGUCAGUACAAAUAACAUUAUCCUUCAAAAGCAAGAUACAUCCAUUUUGCGGAUUACCAACAAAUGUGGGAAAAAUGAUGCUUUGUUUGAAAUAAUUUGUGAGGGUCAAUCUACCAUUGAUGAGGAUGGACAAGCAUCGAAUCACCUUCCAAAAGGUUCCUUUGGCUUUCCACGAUGGCUAGCGGUCACUCCAGCUGCUGGCAUAAUUAGACGGAAUCAUAUUGUGGAGGUGUCUGUUCAUCAUGAGGAAUUUCAAACAUUAGAGGAGUUUGUUGAUGGAGUACCUCGGAACUGGUGGUGUGAAGACAACAGGGACAAGGAAGUCAUACUAGUGGUUAAGGUGUUUGGAAAUUGCAUGAGCAGCAUGAUUGAGACGAGAAAUGACCACCGAGUCCGUGUGCGGCAGCACUUAUCAACCAAGACAAUCCAUGUUGACUCUAAACCUAAGAAUGCUAAGCGAAUCCAAGAAAAUGUCCUUCAGCGGGGUGACUUGCAAGUCCUCAGCAGCUCCUAUGAUGUAGUUGAUCACCUACGGAAUUUGGAGAGUCUUUGACACAGCUAAGAUUCUCUUUGCAGUCAUUCAUGUGUCGAUGGGUGGUAAAAACAACAUCGAAUGUCUAAUCUUGCAGGUGGAAGUGGUCUUCCUGUCUGGGCAGAUGCUGUUUAUCCAAGCAUCUUGAUGUAAAUACCUGUGGAGCUUGCUUGCCAAAUUACACUAUUUUGGAGACUGUCAAGUCCCAACAAGCAUCUUAUUUUCUUUUCAGUUCUGAUUCUUUGAAGAUCAUCAGUUCGUUAAUCAAGGUUUUGGGCUCAAACCAGUUCUUGGGGACUCUUGGUCAAUUCGGAUGUGUAUAGAGAAUGAGUAUGCAUGAAGCAGCGAAAGCACUUUUAAAAUUUUAUCCUCUUUUUUAUCUUCUUAUUUACGAGCACAACUGAUUUUUAGAGUGUACAAUUUUUUGUUAAUUAAGGUUGAUUAGCAAGUAGAAGUGGGCUUCUGUAGUUCCCUUGUGUCAUCUGUCAUCUUCCGGUGGUGGUGGUGGAGGUGGUGGUGGCGGCAUCAUAUUAUUAUUGUGAUUAGAAUAUCUGUAGGUCUUGAUAGUGUUGCUUAUGUGGCUCAAAAUAAUUGGUUCGCAAUAGAUGGAAGAUUUUUCAGUUCCCAAGAGAGAUAUCCUAAAGUACCAAAACUUGGUGGUUUUUUUAAUUUUUUUCUCCAAAGGAUUGUUGAGCUACACUCUUUUUAUUUUUAUUUUUAUUUUUUAAUGUUUUUGUGUAACAUGGAAUUACAAUAAAUGAACGAAUGGAAUGAAGUGGAAUCGAUCAUUCUAUUUUGAUA